AAAACAUCAAUUAUAAUAUAUACUCUUCUAUUUUCAUAUAUAUUUUCUUCUUCUUAUACAGCACAGGCCACAGCACCGCUGUCCAAAGAUGCAACAAUUUAUUUUAUUAUUGUCACUCCUCUUCCUCCAUAAUUGCAGCAAAACGUUUUGCCAAUCAUCAGCCCAGUCACCAAUAGCGACUCCGACAAAGGCACCAGUGCCACCGCCACCCACAGCUGUCCCGACGGACACCAUCAGCAUCCUCUUAAAAGCUGGCCGCUUCUUAUCCUUUGUCCGCCUGAUGAAAGCUACCCAUGUGGAUACCCAGUUAUUCUCCCAGCUUAACAGCUCAACCGAUGGCAUAACCAUCUUUGCACCAAAUGAUAAUGCAUUUUCAAGCCAAGUUGCUGGAGCUGUAGGCUCCUUAAACGAUAGAGAAAAGCUCGAGUUUGUGCAAUUUCACAUACUACCGAGAUUUCUUUCAACUUCCGAUUUCCAGACUCUAAGUAACCCUGUAAAAACACUGGCAGGAUCAGAUAGUAAGUUCCCGCUCACGAUAAGCACCAGUGAUAAUUCAGUGAAAAUAAGUUCAGGGCUAACCAAAACAAGCAUAUCAAAUACUAUAUACACGGACAAACAGGUUGCUAUUUAUGAGGUUGACAGAGUGCUAGUUCCUAAAGAUCUUUUUCCACCGGCUCCUCCAGCUCCAGCACCAGCAAAGCCUGUUGCAGAGUCUCCUGUUGCUCCCAAGGAUGCUUCUGACGGGGUAAUUGUUGUUUUGCAUCAUAAUCUUGUACUCUUUGGGGUUGGCAUACAUAUGGCAGCUCUGGUGUUUACCUUGUGACACAUCAAUUAAUUGUAUGUGUGGGAGUGAGACAUUGCUGAUAGGUCGACCUGAAUUUGAACGUAUGCCUGUGCCGAUCAUCAACAUGGUGACACCUUUCCAAUAAUUGUCAUUUUUGUGAUUCGAGUUUGUCAUUAAAAAUUUAAGAUUGAAUUCCCGAAUCGCCACUCUUUCACACAUGCACACAAACUC